AUGAUGAUGAUGAUGAUGAUUACGACAAAAGUUCUUACUUCAUUUACAAGAUCAUCUCAGCUUCCAUGUGUUCGAUGUCUUUCAUUAUCGGCUACGAAUUAUGCUCGACAACGUUCAUAUCAUCGUCGAGAUAAGAAAGGUUUUCAUAAUCGUGAAGACGUGAAUUACGAUGUUCCUUACCUACCGAAACAAUCCAACUUUCGUGAUCGUUUUCGUUAUACCGCAUUAGAAGAAGUCAAAUUAGAACAAGGUACACGGCAGUCUUUAGUCGAGCCAAUGAUUGAUCAAACAAAGCCGCCACACAAAUUCCACGUUGUUACGAAAAUCAAAUCCACUUAUGGCGAAACCAUGUAUGUGAAAGAAGCACUUGAAAAACUCGGUUUUAUCAGUUAUGGACAGAGACAAUGGGAUGUUUUGACAGUCAUUGUAAAAAACGUUCCAUCAGUAAAUAAACAUCUUUAUAUAUGCAAGCAUAUGUUACAAAUAAAACCAUUGACCUUUGUUGAUGGUGUGCCAUCUCUCGAUGAUGUUGGAUCAACAAAAUUAUUUCCACAUAAUGGACACAUCACUAUCGGAGAUCAUUUUCAUAUCAAUGAAGGAAACAUUUCUCUUGAUGAGAAUGAUAAAUGGCCAGUCGACAUGAAUCAUAUUGUUGCUCGAUUGCAUGCCGAUCAAAAUGCCAACCGUCUACACGCAGAGUACUUUCCCACGAAAUAUGAUUGGUUCUUCGGUCAAGAUAUACCUGGUGUGAAAUUAAUACAGCCGGUCAAUCCAGAAAUGAAAGAUACACACUUAGAGGAUCUAUAG